CCCCCUAAGGCUUCUUGUCAGAAUGAAAAUUUAUAAUCUUGCCGUAGAACCAAAAUUCUUAAAAGCUGAUGAAAAAUUAGACCCUAAUGAUCCAUGUAAAUUUAGCCAAGUUCAACCCUGCCCUAAAUGGGUACAUUCUGGCUCAAAUUGGGAUCAACUAGUAUUCAAGCUGACCGGAAUGAUGACCAAGAAUGGUGAACGCGAAACGGCAAGAGCAGCUAUGCGUAAUACUUUUGCAGAAAUUAAAUAUAUUCAACUCACGAAAAGAAAUAAUUCAUCUGCAGAGGAAUAUUCUCAUAUUGAAAUGAAUCCCAUAAAAGUUAUCCGUUCUGCUGUGAAUAAUUGCAUUCCUCUACUUCUCUUGCAUCACGUUCAGCGAGGUGGCGUCUUGUAUAAGGUCCCUGCUCCACCUCAAACUCAAGAUCGAGCCACUCAUGUUGCCAUUAAGAAUAUUAUCACUGCUGCCAAGGAUAAACCUCGGGAUACCCGCAUAUGGGUGUCGUUAGCUAGGGAGAUCAUUUCAGCCUCUGAGAACACCGGGCGGGCUGUUGAAAUGAAAGUAGAUUUGCACAAAGAAUGUGAGGAAAAUAAAGCAUAUGCUUCUUACCGCAAGUGGUAG